GCGUCGCUGUAAUUCGCAGCUGCAGCACCGAUUUUUAAAAACGGUUGUAACAUUUAUUUUAUAUCUGGUUGGUUGUCGGACAAAACCUUUCUUUGCUCGCCAUGGCUCUGUGCGGGGGUGUCGGAGCCAUGGCUUUGCCCAGCGAGCUUAUCGUCCACAUAUUCUCCUUUCUGUCCGACCGAGACAAGCUCCGGGCCUCGGCUGUGUGUUCACGAUGGAGGGAGUGUCUCUUCUACCCCGCGCUGUGGACCGAGCUUAAGCUGCGGAUAGGUGGUGGUUGUAACGGUGGAGGCUCCAGCUCGGAGGAGACCCCGAGGCUGGAGUUCCUCAUGCGUAAGUUUGGUUCAUUCGUGCGGGAGCUGCAACUGGAGCUUGCUCCGGUGGAAGGCUACCUUAGUCCUCUGAACAACGAACCGUCGUCCACCAGGAUGGACCAGCCAGAAAGCGACCCGCAGCUCUCCGAGCGAUGGAGAGACGCCAUGGCCACCUACUUGGACCAGGUGUUGUGUGUGUUCUCCAGCAUCCGCAACAACAGAAAUCUGCGAAAGCUCAGCCUAUACGGAGACACCUGUAUUCUGCAGCAGGAGGGACUAUUGGACAGCUCCAACCUGCACCAAAUUCACCAGGGGGACAAAAAGAUCAAUGAAAUCCAGCAGUUGUUCAUGGAGUUGUUGUCUAACAGCAGGCAGCUGAGGUGGUUGUCCUGUAGCUUUAUGCUGGGUCUGGUGACUCCCUGCUCCUUAGCCUGUCUGUCAAAUCCCUCAGCUGAGACCCUGCAGCACCUCAGUUUACUGGACCACCAGCUAGGUCCCCUCAUCUCACCAUCAGAGUUGGAUCGUCUGUCUAAUCUUCAUUCUCUGGCUCUGGAUUUCUCUGAUUUGACAUCUGAGCUUUGUGGUCUGCUGGCAUCUCCACGCCGAACUCCACUGCAUCGCCUCUCCCUGCUGCUCAACGGGGCUGCCUUGGAGUUCAAACCUUUAGAAGGGACCGCUACGGAGGACGAUUGGAAGGCACUGAUUCGUGUGAGUGCCAACCUGCGAGUGUACAUCAUGGCCCUGGAGGUCGACAGCUCCGAGCUCCUCAGGGUCCUGAAGCCUAGCCUUCCCCUGGAGCGCCUCCACCUCGACAGCUAUAGCACACUGGUGACUGACGCUACAUUGGAGCUCAUCUCUCAGCAGUACAACAAAACGCUGACUCACUUCCUCCUCCUGAGGGAUGACCCCGACUUCCCUGACCUCAGCAUCAAUCGGAACGAAGACCCGUUGGUCCUCAUGGCAUGGAGGUGUACUCAGCUUGCUGUACUCGUCAUACAUGGUUACACUGUAUGGUCCCAUAACUUGGUAGCCAUCUCUCGGCUGCGAGGCUCCAGCCUUCGCAUCCUGACCGUCUCUGAGGAGAGCAUCGACUUCGAUCCAGACCAGUCUGUGUGCAUGGAGGGGGACCCAGUCCAUAACCUGGUCAAGGAGGUUUCCCUGGGCCUCGGCCGCGUCUGGCACCCUUGCCUGGAUUCCAGCCUGGUUUUGUCCGAACCCACCCAGCACUUCCACCGCGAGCUGCACGCCUUCAGCAUGGGCAUGUAGGCAGGGACAGCAUGUCCAACACAUCACAGCCUAAACUGUGUCAAGACCAGGCCAGACCCACCAAGUCCAAGUCAGCUCAGACUUCCAAACAAGGCCAGAAGCAGACCUAAGUGAGAAAUCUAAACUGGAUCUUAAACUAAUCAAUGAAUUAUAUUUAUGUGAGCUGAUGUGACUUGGUUGUUUUUAUUUACUUAUAUUAUUUUCACAACAGUAAUAAUAAUAUAAUUAUUACAUACGUUGCAUUUCUUUCCCAGGAGUUUUAGCACACAAUCAAGUCCUACCAUUUUCCAAAUCAUUCCCUGUUUUCUUGCUUUGCCUCUUAAUUAUCUAGUCAGUAGCUUGGAAAAACAGAUGAAAUCUUACAUGUUUUAACACAUUUUCCAGUGAAUAUCCCAUUUUGAAAUGGGAUAUUCAAAUUAAAACUUUAUAUUUGUUUAGUUUGGAGUCAUACCAAUCUGUGGUCCCUGGCCACAAGCGAGACUUGAGUCAUGAUCAUUUUAAAUUUGUUUGUUAAAAUGGGUCACUCUACUGCUUCAAAUGUCCCCUUGUCUGGCAUGGCCCAGUCUGGUCUGGUCUGGUCUUGAUCGACAAGUAUUCAGAGCUCGAUGUCUCUCCUCCACCUUAAUAACCUCCAGAGCCUCUGUAUGAUGUAACCUUGAUUUUUUUUUUUCUUUUUCUCAUUUUAGUUGACAUUUUGUCAUCUCUCCCUGCUCUGUGUAUUAUCUUGUUUUUCCUGUGUGGUGGUUCCCUUGCCUGUAUAGGCUUUGUGUGUAUUUAAAAACAGAUAUAUUAUUAUCCUGCUCACACCUAGAACAGGACAGGCAGGCAGGUUGAGUGAUGGACCGGUGGGAUUUUGGGGGGGGGCAAUUAUUUAGUUUAGUGAACAUAUUUUUCUUUUCUUUUUUUUUUUUAACCUUUGCUCUGUGUCGGUCUGUCUUUCCGCUCCUUUCUAGCAAACGUUGGCGUUAGUAAACUAACCAAUCAAUCACUUCCUGAGUAACACAACCUUAGCUGCUUCUUCUGUUGCUCUGAUAGAGCACCUUGUGCACUUGUCCACUAGUAUGAGAGCCUUGGCAGCAGGGUGGGAACCUCCACUGUACCGUGGCUGACUGUGGCAGGUGCUAAUCAGUUGUAAUGCUGUUUUCAGCAAGAACCAUGUCAGUGCUAUGACUGAUUUGUGAUCAUUUGUAAAUGGUUUUAGUAAGGGUCUUGAGCACCUUACUGAUGGUGUUAUGGAGAAUAUUGUUACAUGCUUACAGCCAACACACUUCCCACCCUGCUCACUUGUCGACUUUUCGGGAAAACCUAGCGAGUCGAUUAAAUAGGGAGCCUCGUCUUCCGGGUGACGUUCAGAGUCAAACUAUAAGAUUCAGCCGUCACAAUACAACACCCUGUCGCUCUGUUUAUCUUGAUCUGUAGUAAGCUGGUAGUAAAUCUGUGCAUCUUUUUUUCUGUAUUCAGGAUGAAUAUAGCUGCCUUUGCUCUCCUUUAGAGGUCCAAACUUUCUAACUGGUAUUCUCACUGGUUCCAGAGCCUUUUGGUAUUAAAAUGUCAAGUCUUCAAGUUAAAGAAAAGAAAUGGAGCGUGCAUCAUAAUAUGAAGGGCACUGAGAUUAAAAAAACCUUCAAAUACUUCUGCAUUAUUCUAAAGAGGAAGUAGGUUUCGAUUCCAUAAUGCCAUAUAUAUAUUUAAGAAAUCUCUGACUACUUCCAAAUUCUUGGUGCGGCCAUGCAAACAAAACCGCUUCCCAAGGUGGCAAAUACCAAACCCAGGUUUUGCAGUCACGCCAGCAGCUUUGUAGGCCGGAACUAGUUUUUCUCAACAGUGGAUUUCUUGUUAUGGAGUAAAAACGUUUCAUGGUAAAGAGCAGGGAAAAGAAAAGGAUGCACUGAAUGUACCUAAACUCUCAAUCUCUCAUUCUGUUGGCCAGUCAGGUUUUUGUUUUCUAUUGAAGGCCUACUGUGUAACUAUAUUUGCCUCAGAAAUUUGGCAGGUGCAUAUCUUGCCACAACAGUCAUGGCUGCUAGAUAAAUGUGUUUGGACAUUGUAGGUUCCACUGACGGCCAACAGUGGGGUUUUUUUCGAGAAGUGGCACCUACAGCACAACAAGAUUUUGGGUCAUGUGGCGUAUUACUGUGGCGAAAACAUUCUGUCAGUCUCAGGUAGGCUUUUACCAUCACUAUGAUCAGGACAGCGGUGGUGAUGAUGUCGAGUAGGAUGUGUGAAACAAUCAGUGUGAGAUGUUGUUGUUAUUUUUAAUUUCCUUUGAGUCACAGUUGCCUUGGAAAUAGCCCUUUGUUUUCUGGAUACUGUUGUUGUUGUUGUUGUUGUUGUUAAUGAUGUUGUUUAUCUUGCCAUCUGAUAAACCCUGGCUCCACCUCAGUUGGGGGGAUCAGUAAACCUAAUCAUACAUUUGUUUUCAAAGAUUAAGGUUGAUAAAGACUGAAGAAUGGCAAAACCUGUUUGCUCAUUGCACAUGUUUUAUAUCUCCAGUAGUUGUUGUGGGGGACAGAGAGCAGCUGUGGAGUGAAGGAAAUCCAUGCUGUCGAUAAGAUGACCUGCUGGGCCCAAUUAAUGUCUGAACUGAAUGUAGUCAAUUUUCUGGGGUGAAGUGAUUUCUGCCUGGCACAGUGGAGGCUGUCUGGCUGUGCAACUGCUUGUUCCUCAGGCUUUCAUUAACUAGGGCGAAGGCACGACUUUGAUUGAAUCAUAGUCGCUUUUGUUGUCUGAUUCUAGCUUCUGACAAUUACGACGGCGGGGAAUGGGGUCGCCUUUGCCCUAACAAAUGAAAUACUUUUUUUACUUCACUCUGUAGAAGUACAAGCGUGCCAUUGUCAGGGCUCCAGCCGGGCAUUGCCGACCAAAUAUCUUAUGACCAGAUGACUGGGCCGAGUAUGGUUAAAUCUGAUCCUUCAGUGUUGUGACUGCUGAAACAUUAUGACAGCUUUGGUACACUGGUGUCUUACUAAGGCAUUUCUUGAGCAGAGCUGGGAUUUUAACCAGGAAAAUCGGAGUUAUGUUGGGCUGUAGAGCGCUAAACUUUCAGUAGUAAAUGCUGUCAAGCAGCCAUUGUCGGGAAAUUCACCCUCCCAAAUGGCUUCAGCUCACUUGUUUUGCACACCAUGGCGCUUUAGAAGUCAGGACAAUGGCAUCAAAGACUGUGAAGGUCCAUAUCAAGGUCUGUAGUUUCCAAGGUUGACCUGCAGUUUUUCCAUGGACUGAUAUGGAUCCUGAAUUACACAGUGUGCCAGCACUUUGCAUGGUUCAGAAAGAAUUGGUCCUAGUGGCGGGCCUGUGGUUACCAAAUGUUUGCUCAUCUGUUACGGGACCUUGAUGGUUUAGCCAUGAUAAUCUCUCUAGUCCUUGGUCCAUAUCUCAGGAUAAAUGCACUCUGGUACCAAGAAUUUCUUUGAAAGGCUGUCCGUGGCUGUAUAUAGAGCUGCACACUCACACACUCAGAGAGGAUAGCAGUACCAACAUAACAUAUUCAGACCAAACUAUGUUGGUUUUUAUCUUAUCUUCUUCCUCCUCUUGUCUAAUUUUGCCUCUCAUCUCAUUUUUAUAGCUCAACUUUGCUCCUUUAUGUGAGACUUAAGCUGUUAUAGGUUUGUACUGUGUAAAGGCAUUAUCUGAUAAGGAGGGAAGAAUCAUAGCACUCAACAGUAGAAUGUAAUUUCACUCCACAUAGUCACCUGAGCUGAGCACAUAGGUUUUUACAAACAACAGACAACAUUGUAAAAAGCUGAUUUUACAAACUCCACUCUCACCCACCAUGUGUGCUUCCUCUUCUCAGGUCCCUGCGUGUUAUUGGCUCCACGCUAGUCAGAUCACACCCAACCCAAAAUAAAAGAAGGGGCUGAGGUUUUUCUAACUAUAAUAUUCCCAUUUGGAAAACAUAUAAAAAAAAGUGGUGUUCUAAUCAUAAAUUUCACUCCCACACACAAAAAAGUCGGCCUGUAUGGAGGCUCCAGGACAAAUUCUUUAUCAAAAGUUAAAGUUUUUGAGAAUUUUCGAUUAUAGAAAUAUUUACAGUCACACAAAAGCAGAGAGAAAGGUGAAAGAUGAUGCAGAGAAUAUACAUGAAAGCAGAGAGGCACUGCAAAACCAUGUCUUCUUUAUUAUUGCUUCUAUUUGUUUUUGUUUCUUCAACAAAACACACCCACAUUUUAGUGAAGAUGGCAGGGAAAGAGCUCUGUGUUGUCCUCACAAGGAGAGAAGAGACAAAGUGAGACACUCCCAUAGAGUUUGGCAACAUAGGUGGCAAACAUGGUCAGAGUAUGGCACAGCAUUUGAAAACUCCUAUCAGUGGGAAAAUGACUGAUCCCUGAUCCUGUUGUUUCAUCACUCAUGGCUAAAUAUUGAGCCAUCUUGUGCCUGGAAGCUUCUGGAGUCUCACUGCUUUUCAACCUUCUGCUCUCCCCAAGUUACUAGCUCUGUGUUGUUUGUAGAUGUUGCUGUGAUUGUUAGUUCACUCUUUAGGGAAGCAGCAUUAGAAGCUAGCUAGGGUCUCAGAACAUGUUUCAGCACACGCGUUUUAAUUGCUCUCGGAGCAUUCUUGUAUCUUCUGCGCAAGGUUUCAUGUAAGCUUUCAAAAGUGUACCCAGUAGAAAUGUGUGAAUAAGAUGGUAUGACUGUGUAUGAACAAGUUGUCAGCAGUGCAGCCGUCAUGUUUUCUGCAUGUGUGUGUGUGUGUGUGUGUGUGUGUGUGUGUGUGUGUAUUUGUAUUUAAUGGGAGACUUGCUCAUGUUCAGCAGUAUAGUCUUAUCACUUCAACCGCAGCAGGAAACAGCAACAGAAAUCCUUCGUUCUCAGGGUACAAUCGGUUUUCAAGAAGAGGAGGAGGAGGAGGAGGAGGAGGAGGAGGGAAAGUUACAAUAGCUCAGGCCUCUAGCUCACUCAUAUGAAUAGUAGGAGUCACUGGAUCUGUUCUCCUCCCUUGAUGUGUUUUUAAGCUGCCAAAGACCACAGUGGAACAAACUUAGCCCAGACACAAGUCUAUCUGAAGUGCCCAUGUACGCACACAUUGGCAGGAGGCUGGUCCAGUAUUCUUUCCUACUCUACUACACCUCCUUCUAUUCUGACAUUUUGUUCUUUUUCCUUAACCUUAGUGGUUCCACUCCACUCAUGGUUUCUUCCACUGAACUCUGACUACUACCAAUCUGUUGAUAUACUAUGGGCCAUACUGUGCUGGACCAGGUGUCAACAGUCUGUGGUUGGCAUGAAAAGAGACCAAAGCAGACCUGUGCACAAAGAUUUGGCCAAUGUUGUGUCCGUUGCAGCACCCUAUGUUUAGAAAUGUAGGAUUUCACACUAGCUGUAUACAGUGUAUGUGUGUGUGUGUGUGUGUGUUUGGAAGGCACACUUAGACAUUUCUAACCAACAUACUUACUGAGGGUGAGCAGAGUUGUUGCACAACUUGUACAAAGUGGCCAAAUUCCUAUCUGUGAAUGGCACUCAGGGUCUACACUGCAUGUUGCUGAGGCAUCGUAGAGCAAAGCAAGGCCUUUCUAGUCCAGUGCAGUAUACUUCUAUAGUGUGACAGAAGCAGAGAUGUCUGGCCACCAUAUUCCUCCCUCUCUCUUUUUUUCCCAUCACCUGUUUCACUGUGAGGAGUGAGUGAAUGUAAAACUAAAGGCGAGGAGGACGAACAGUUUGGUUUAAUCUCAGAACAUGCCAGGGACUAAACACUCCCUCUGAUGCUUCCUGAAGCUAUUUCUGACAGUUUGUAGCUUCCCAGCUGGGACACAGGUUGGCAUGCCUGGUCUGAUAUGAUUCAUGGCGAGCCUGUGGCCAAGGUCAGAUUUGAUGGGAAGUUUUUAGUCCCGGGCUUUAUGGAGCUGUAAAGUGAUUUGCUGCUAGAGAUCUGCUAGGAGCAGGACAUUCCACAUGGGGGUCGCUCAGGCCAUCUGACUUGCAAACAGUUUACUAUAUGGCUUAAGUGUCUGCAUGAAAAUUAGACUCUAUAUAAAUAUAUACUAUAUUUUUUUUACUUUUAAUGAGUUGGUCUGUUUUCGAAGGGAUCAGGGACGCAGCUAGUAUCGACUAGUCACACCAGAUUAGCAGCUGGUCUGAGCAGAGUGGAGGUGUGAUACCAUUUCGAGGUGGUUAUUUAAAGUGUGUUGCUCUUUUAAAGGUCGUAUGUGUUUCUACUGUGUGUUCCCGCGACGCCAAGCUUUGCUUUCACCUGAUGCUCCAGCAUCCCAAGGCCAUUUUGGGGCCUUUAGUGUCGGGUACACAAAAGGUCACAAGUGUGAAAGCACCUCACACUGACUGUGUGCUAAAUAUGAGGACUAGCUGCUCUUCCCAUGACAUGAGUUGGUUUCAUCUGUUGGAUCAAACAUCACAGUACAUCAAGAGGAAGUCAGUCUGCGUAUUUAGCACACACAUGAAUGCACAUAGGCCAUAUUCAAUAUGGGUACCUUGAGUCUGGACUGGGCUUAUUUAUACACCAUAUGCAGACAGAGGUUUGUGUAUGACCAUACUGUGUGUACACAGAGCGACUGAUUGACACACAGCUAGCAGAGCCUUAUUUUUAAUGAGUUCUGCCGUUCUAAUGACAAUGUUGAAGGCUCUAGAGGGGAGAUGAGGUGUCAGUCAUUCAGGAGACCAUUACCAGCAAUUACUGUACAUUGAUGCAGUCGCAGCCAGUUCAAUCUGCCCUUCUGACCUGUUAAUGUUUUGUUUAUGUUUUUUGUUUUCUGUGCUCUUUAUAUGCAUUCAUAGAGAAAUCCUGGAAGAUAUCAGGGCCCCUGUGACCUGAUGGGAAAUUGAAUCCACAGAGCUGGCCUCUAACGUAAUCCAUCUGAUACAGUCGGCCUUUGACAGCUUAUUAAAACUGUUGUGAUGGCAGAGCUAUAGAUAUACAGGGAUCUGGGUGCGUCUGUCCUACUACCAGGCCCAUUAACACAGAGUUGACACAUUUGUGCUAAUACUUGAUAGCCAAUACUAACACCAUAGACAUGGACAGAUGUGCUAGCGUGUGUUGUUUUAGUACCAAAGCAGCAGACUGUGUCAGAUCUGCAUCAGUGUAAACGGGCUCAGAGCCACAGGCAGACACACAUCAGACAUGACCGGUUUCACUUCCACUCUGAUCAUUGCUCAGACUCGAUGCCAACUUGAGAGUUUCAGAUGUUGACUCUCGGGAUGUGUGCAAUGUUUUAGAGAGUAAAACUAGCCGUAGAAAAGAGGUAGUUAGAAGGUUCUGGGCCUAAAACCUUCCCUUAACCUCUUUUCUGAAAGGAUUACUGUUAAGAGACGGGGUUUCUUCAUCACAAUGUGAGAUUUCAAAUGCUUCCUGUUUGUGUUGUGUUUUUACCUAAAUGCUAAGACCAUAGACUACUACCAGUACAUGCAAGACUUUGAAUAGGCUCACAUUGGGCUGGACUCGUGCAGGAAUGUGAAGAAUCUCAUUAACAUCCUGAUAUAUGUUUCUGUAACUUGGAGAAAAACACUGGAUGUGCAUUGCACUGGUAUAAAAUCAGUCCUGUGUAACAGAUAUAGAUAGAUGUGUAUAAAGCUAGACAGGAUCUCAGUGAAGGGGAGGUUCACACAGGGCAAGGCCAUUAGCAGUUAGCCACACUGAGAGCCUUAGAGGAAGUUUGGAUUCUCCAGUUUUUAAUAUCAGCCGCAGCUGACACUGAAACUGAUUUUCCAGACAGCUUGUAAUGAUCAUCUCAGAAUAACAGUGACAUUAAGGGUAUUAUCAUAUACUUGCCACAUUGUAUUUCUAGAGAAGAAACAACAAAAUGGCACUGAAAGCAUAACCUGGCCAAACUCUGUCAGUAGCUGUGGUGCACACCCCGGGGGUUGGUGUAGCGCCCGGCUGUAUAAAUGAACUGAUAGAUAUUCAUGCUCAGUGUCAGCCAACUAUCUUCAUUUAGAUCUCAGCUACUGUGGCUCUGAUGUUUCUGGCUGCUAAACAAAGUCUUUCUUGUAAAGUCUGGAGAGCCAAACCUCCUAAUUAGCCAGGCAGGCAGGCCUGCUGCCCAGUCCAGCCUCACAACUAUGCAAGAGGAAUGCAUAUAAUCCACACUCUUCUCUCUUUUAUUUUUCUUUAUUUAUUUAUUUUUUUUUCAUUUAGAUUUUCUUGUUCUCACUGUCACGCAGUAGAAAUGAAGACGUAAACUAAGAACUUGCAAUGACAAUACUUGGCCUUAUGAUGAUUUAUGAAAUCUUUAUCAUUUUAGUUUUAAGAUCUUUUGAUUCUGGUCAGCCAGCCCAGCGACAGCAGCGGUGACGGCGGGCUCACUCUUGGUCUCUGUGAGACUGGCUAGACGGCCCCAGUUUUAUCGUGGUACGAAUGUUGUGCAUUUGUUUAAAAUCAGGACAGUUUGCAAUAACAGCAGUCUUACUAGUGGCCACAAAGGGGCACAAGCAGUGCUGACAGCGCCCGGCUGCGUCUUUAGAAAACCGUAGAGGAAGAAAUAUAAACUAUAUAAAUAGAUAUAUAAACUCACACAGUGCAUAUUUGUAUAGGUAUCAACAAUGCAUUACCGUGGUAUACUCUUAUGCAACACAUGUCCGGGUUCAAUUUAUGAACAUGAAGUAUAUUAUAAAAUCACACAGACUUUGUAAAACAGAAGCUAUGUUGUGUGUGUUUUUUUUUUUUUUUUUUUCUCUUUGCAAAAAUGGUUUUACCAUCCUUAAUGUUGAAUAUUCUGAGCGUUAUGUUCCUGUGUGAUUGUGUUUGUUAAAGUGAGCACAUAGCAGUGGGUUUUACCUUCUUUCUGUAAGCAGGGAACCAGGCGUAACCUAAAACACAGCUGGAGCAGAUUUCAAACUACAUGAAGCGUAUUUUAAGUAUGUGUCAUUCAUGUCAAAACUGACCUGAGCACAGUUUUACAAAUACCUGAGUGUGAGCAGCAGAAUGGAGCAGCAAAGUUAAGUUCCACUCCCAAAACUUUCCUCUAUUUGCUCAUGAAUUAGAACAUUUUAGUUGAGAAGUUGGCUUAAUACACAUCUGUGUAGCUGCUCUUAAGUUAAUUUAAGACUAAAAUAAUAUCAAACUGUGAUUUGAAACCUUUCCAGCUGUUUUUUGUUUUGGCCUCCAGGGAAAGAGUCCUCUCCAGCUCAGAGGGCAGAUUUUAUCAUAGACAACAGUGUUGAUUCAUGUUGUGGAGAAAAGGGAGGCUACCUUACAAACCUCCAUGUAAAACCUCUUAACUGACAGAUGGCCUACACUUGAGGGGUCAACCUGCCGAAUGUUGAUUUGAAUUAAUGUCGAAUGAAUGCUUCUCUUCUUUUAGUCAGUGAAUAAAAGCAUUAAAAAGUU